CAGUGCACAAAAAGGGGAUUGGCUGAACAGCAAAGCACAGUGAGCUCCACCCCACUGCACUCUCAGGUUACAUUUGCGGUUUGUCUGCGGUUUUUAUGCCAGCUAUUCAUGGUCCAGGCUCCACAUGCUCCAGUUGUUGUGAUUCGUUUCUCAGAGCAAGUGAAGGCGUAACCGAACAUGCAAAGAGUGGAGAUACCUGGGAGACCAGUGGCAAGUCUUGAAACUAGCUCAAAGAGCAAAAAGAAAAUGGUUGAAUUCAGAAUAACCCACCCUGACAAGACCAUGUACUCUCUGACACUGCCCAGCAACUGCACUGGACAAGACUGCCUGAAUGAACUGUGUGAAAUCCUUGGGAUUGUGGAAAAAGACUACUUUGGUCUUCAGUAUGUCGAUAAGAAUAUCAAUUGCAAUGUCUGGAUUAAUAAGAGACUGUGUUUAAAGAGGCAACUUAAAAUGAAACCUCCGUACAAUCUCCUCUUUGUUGUCAAGUUUUUCACUGAUGUUGAGCUGCUGCUUCAACCAUCAACAAUUGAAGCUUUCUACAAGGAUCUCAAGUUCCAGAUCCACCACGGCCUUACUCGAGUUCCGGACAGCAAGAAGGCUAUGAUAGGAGCCACCAUAGCGCAGGCCGACUUUGGAGACACCAAGGAGCACAACUCAACCACUACGACAGGACAUACCACUGCUGGGGGUCUCGUUUAUCCUGAUUAUUUUCCAAACUGGAGCAGCGGAGAUGGACAUCUGAUAGAAAAGGAGCACAAGAAACUAAAAGGUGUAUCUAAGACUGAUGCCCAAUCACUGAUGCUGACGACUGUGUACCAAGUGGAUGGCUUUGGAAUGCAGUACUAUCCAGCUGUGCUCAACAAUGAGGUGGUUGUGUUGGGAGUGGGUGCUCGCUAUGUGGCUGUCUAUGACACUCAGCUAUCCAUCAAGAAAAGAGUUACAUUUUACAACAUCACUCAAGUUUCCUUUGGCUACAAGUUCUUUGCCUUCUCGUACCUCACAAGAGAGGAGGGGACUGGUGUCCCUGUCACCAAGAAGAUAGUGUUCCAUGUUCCCAACCAUGCCAUCUCCCGUUCUCUGUUCCGCUCUGUCACAGAAGCUCAGGUGUUCCUCCACCAGACUACAGUCUCCCCCAGUGUCUUCAACCAUUCUGACCACAGAAAUGCACGAGUAAAGCGAUUUUGUCAAAAGGUGUUCAAAAUGGAGUUUGAGACUCACUACUAUUACGACAUCCACUACACUAAGAACGAGGCGUAUCGUCAUUACUGGCAGCUGCUGAAUCAAGUGCAGGAUGAGAGCUCACUCAUCUAUGAGCCUUCUCCCACUUCACUGGCCUACAUCAACCUCUCAGCAGUUAGGACUGAAGAGAAUAGCAAUGAAGAGGUUGAUGAGACCUCCAGUCAGAACCACAACAAGACAGCUCUCAUUUGGGGUCUCUCCAUGUCCAGUUCUAACCUGGCCAAGCAACUAUUACCCGAGGCAAAGCUGCAACUGAGUGAAUCAGAGUCCAUCAUGACCUACACACCUUCACCACCGCUAGUUGUGGCAUCCGACAGAGGAGUGGGGUCAUCGAGGUCAGAUGAGACCAACAAUGGCCAAGGUUCAUCGAGAAAGACAGAUCUCUCAGAGACGGAAGAGAGCACACUCGAGCCUCUAACAGGAGCACAAAGUAAAGCAUUCCAACAGCUCCUACUCAAGAUCCAAGAUGAGAGGCUGUGCAACGUGUGUAUGGAUGAACUAAUCUCCUCUGUUUUUUGCCCCUGUGGACACUAUGUAGCAUGUGAUGGAUGUGCCAAAAAGCUGGAUAAAUGCCCUGUAUGCAGGCACCCAGUGGCGUAUGUACAGUCUGUAUACACCAAGUACUUGUAAUCACUUUGCAACAUGCAAAAAACUGACAUUUUAAAACCAGCUUGAAGAUGAUUAUUUUAUCACACAAACUUUUCUUUGAUUGCUAUUUAUUUGUGUAAAUUUGUCUUCUCAAUACACCAUAACAUCUUUAAAUAAAAUAA